UACUUCCUGUUUUUAUUUUUCAUGUGAUAUUUUGAGAAAAACAUUCAUCUCGGAAGAAGAAGAAGAAGAAGAAGAAAAAAAAAAACUUAGAGCCACGUCAGAUUACAGCUUUAGAUAAACACCUGCCUUCAACAACAGAAGCUCACACACAUCAAAGCACGCAUUUAUUACGAGUCUUUAGGAUGGAGAGCAAAUAUAAUCUGAAGAGUCCAGCUGUGAAGAGGUUGAUGAAAGAGGCAGCUGAACUCAGAGAUCCAACAGAACAUUAUCACGCCCAACCACUGGAGGAUAACCUGUUUGAGUGGCACUUCUCCGUCAGAGGACCUCCAGACUCAGACUUUGAUGGUGGAGUCUAUCACGGUCGGAUUGUACUGCCCCCUGAAUACCCCAUGAAGCCCCCCAGCAUCAUUCUGCUCACUCCCAACGGAAGAUUUGAAGUAGGGAAGAAGAUCUGUCUGAGUAUUUCUGGUCAUCAUCCGGAGACAUGGCAGCCUUCAUGGAGUACUGUAAGCUGUAUGUUUUUGUCUUUGUGUUGUGUGUCAGUUCGGACCGCAUUAAUAGCAAUCAUUGGAUUCAUGCCAACUAAAGGAGAAGGAGCGAUCGGAUCUCUGGAUUAUACCCCUGAGGAGAGGAGAGCUCUCGCUAAAAAGUCUCAGGAUUUUUGCUGCGAGUUUUGUGGCAGCUGCAUGCGCUCUGUUCUGCUAGUGCUCUCUCCUGAUAGUGACCCACGACCCGCUGACCCACAGGCACACAAACUCGCCCAGCAGAUCAACUUCAAGGCUGAGUCGAGCUCAUCAGCUGCAGAUAGUGGCAGUACAGCAUCAGCUGCUUCCAGUCAAACUGAUCACUACAGUGAGAUCACCACCAUAGAAGAGAGAGACACAGAAGACACGUCCUCAGCUGAACAGACUGAAUCUUUAUCCGUGACUCCUCAAAGCUCCAGUGAAGAUCCAUCUGUUUCUGCAGCACCAAGUCCACGUCAGCGGCGCUCACAGAACCAGCAGAACCAGAGUCAGUCCCCCAGAUACCCCACCUUCACUGCAUCCCCCGCUGCCCAGCAUCCUGCGCGUGGCGCCAGUCACACAGGCUCGGCUGUGCUGAUAGUGCUCCUCACACUGGCACUCGCUGCACUCAUCUUCCGCAGAAUCUACCUGGCCCACGAGUACAAGUUUGAUUAUGAGUUGUGAACCUGUAUGCCUGCUCAAACCUCCACCACUUUCAUUUUUCCACCCUUUUUCUCAUGAGGCUGGACGUCUGUUUGUCCUUCCUCAGUGGCUUCUCAGCCCUUUUUAUCUUCAUUAAAGAUGAAUAAAAGCUUCCCGGAUGUAAUAUGAGCAGACUUUAACAAAACCAGAAAGAGGUGAAUCUCAUUUAACCUGUCAAGAACAUGACAGGUUCAUUUACUUAAUAUUUUAAGUAAAUGAACCCUAUUUUGGAUGCAUUGUGACAUUAUUAUCAAGACAGUUUAGCACUUUCUCACCCAAAUUCUCAUUAAAUGUGAAAAUAUCUCAUUAUCAUAAAUUAUAUAAAAGUUUUACGCAGUUUCAAUUUUUUGUAAUUUAUUUGUUCGGUUUUUGCAUAGUCAUGAAGAGAUGAUGGUCUUUUUUAACUUCAUUAUUAAACUUUAUAAUUAAAUUAAAAAAAACUUCAGGACAAAGAAAAUAUUUUGUACAGCAAAAUAUCCGGACACAUUCUAAUAACGAGAACAAGAUUUUUUCGCAUUUAGUGACAAUUGCUAAAUUGUCAUAAAAAUAAUAUCACAAUACAAAAAACAUAGUAAUGGUCCAAAAAUAGGCUUCAUUUUUGUAUGCAAAAUCUUUUUUUAUUUGUUUUCUUUUAAACUUUUGGAGAGAAAUAUGACUGACAUGUUUUGUGAAUUUCAACAAAAGAGGUUCCCCUUAGAUCCUGCAAUAUGUAUUGAAAAUUAAAGGAUUGUCCAGUAGUAUAUAUUGUAUGUAAGUACAGCAUAUAAUACUUCUGUUUUCUAAAUAAUACAUGUUAAAAGUGUAGUUACAAGUACCAGUGUAAACAAUUUGCUUUUAGUCUAAAACAAAAAACUGAAACCUGUUAAGUUCCAAAGGCCAACUGCUUCUGAUGUGUUUUUGAAACAUAUACGUGUAUUUAAGAAUUAAACUUUUACAUACUAUAAUAAUGUAAAUGGUAUGGAUGUAAUAUUUUGCUUUUAAAUGGUAAAAAGCAAAUUAAAAUUGAAAUAUGAACCUCUCUGUACAGUUGGUUUGCUCAUUCUCUGUUUCAUCAAACAGAAACAUCUUUGAAACCAGUUUUUAACCAUAUUGUUUUUAUUUUGUAUAUCAUGUAUAUGUAAACCCUGGACAUAAAAAUGGCAACGUAAUCAGUGCAUUACUAGACGACCUAAUGUUUGUAUAUAAAAUGCAAUAAACCUGAUGUAUACAUGA